AUGGUUCACUGGGUAGGUUUGGAAUCGAAUCCAGAUGUCUUUUCGGAUUACAUUCACAAACUAGGAGUUGGUCCUCAAUGGAUGUUCACAGACGUCUUCGGAUUCGACCCAGAACUGCUCAUCAUGAUUCCCCAGCCCUGCAAGGCCUUCAUCUUUCUCUACACAAUCACUGAAAAAGCUGAGGAGCUCCGAAAAUCACAAGAAGAAUCGAUGAAGGAUCAACCUCGCCCAACAGAGCCAUUCUGGAUCAAACAAACGAUCGGAAACGCAUGUGGCACAAUUGCUAUCAUCCACGCUCUUGGCAACUUGACCAAGUCGGGUGAAAUCAGCCUGAGCGAUGGAAUCUUCAAAAAGUACUUGGAAGACAUUAAAGAUCUCAGCCCAGAAGAAGCAGGAGAGAAGUUGGAGUCGUCGGAAGAUUUCGCCAACUGCCAUGCGGCGAUUUCAACCUCUUCUGGAAAUCAGACUUCCGCGCCGACGGCCGAGGAAAAGUUGCAGGAUCAUUUUAUCGCCCUUGUCGAGGUCAAUGGAACUCUCUAUGAGUUCGAUGGUCGUAAGAAUCGUGCAAUCUCCCACGGCCCGACUUCUAGCGACACCUUCACAGCUGACGCUGCCGCCGUUUGCCAAAAGUUCAUCUCACAAGAUCCAACUGGAAAAAAUUUCGCUGCCAUGGCCCUUUGCAAGGAUUAA